CCCCCCCGACGGCGGGAGCGCCGCCCACGCUACAUUCGAGGUGUAGCACACGUGGUCGGUUCACUCCUUGAGCACCUUAACGGUGACGUCGGCGUGGUUGUCCCCGGUGUUGAGGAAAAAACACGGCACGGUCCUGUCGUCCAUUUUCGUUGCCGGCCGCUCCCACAUGAAACCGUACUGGAAGAACGGGAUCAAGCGAAAAGGGCCUCCCUUGCCGGUGUAAAGUUCCUGCGGCGACGCACCCCCGGGGUUGGAAGGAGAUGCUGACUGGUUCAGUUUCUGCGCGGCGUCUUUUGCGGACUCCGCCCAGAGCUCAUCGCCACGAACACUCAGCCCGCUGACACGAGAAAAUCCUGCGGGGCCAAGCAGCUCCUGGGCGGCCCGGCGGGAUGUGUUGGCCACCUUGAGGCACCUCUGGAUGGCGCUCUCGACGACGCCGUCGUACUGCUGCACGCCGGGAGGGGAGUACUCGAGCGCGAUCCCUAUGCUGGCACAGAACUCCUUGAAGUCGCUGCUGGUCCAGAGGGCAUCGCAGUCGCAGCGGAUGCACUUGAUCGCAGCACCAGCCUUGUGGGCGGCAUCCGCGACCAUGCGCUUGACGACCGCUCGCGCCCCCGACUUACGCCGCAUGGCGUAGCAGACCAUCCAUCCCGUGGCGGCGUCCACACCGAAGAGCAUGUAGUGGUUGCCACCGAUCGUCGCCGUGUACGCGCCGCAGAGGUCGAUGUGGAACACGUCGUUCGGCGCCCUCUUGCCGCGGUACCCGCCCCCCUGCUUCGGCACCGGCGCCCUCGUCCCUCGCGCCGGCAAGCACCAUCGACAGCUGUCCAUCGUGCCCGUGAGGGUAAUCCCGUGCUGCUUCGCGGACAGUCUCAAAAUGGGUUCGGACAAGUGGCCGGCUCGGUUGUGGAACGUGUUAAUGUCCAUAACCUUUUGUGCAUUGCCAACAUUGAAAGGUGUCUUCCCCGAACCCAACAUAGCCAUGGCGCGUUCACACUCUUCACUCUCCCACACAUCAAUCAUCUUCGCUGUGUAUUCCGCUACAGAAUCCGUCACACGGGGGGGUUCUAGAUCGGAAUCCAUCGCGACUGUAAGAGCCGAUGCCACAAAGGAAAAUGAACUCUCACGGGCACUCUCAUUCGCAACGUCCAUAGAAGGCAGGGAUUUGUGGGGAAGGCGGGCGGGUUGCAAAAAGGGAAUCGCUAGAAACGCCACGAAUAAAACGCAGUUUUCCGUGCAUCAUUUGCGUACCGUUGGGGUUGAUACGGACCUCAUGCUUGUGAGACACCUUCCAUACCGAGAAAAGGUUGAAACCACACCCGGGUACAAACAAGACUUCUGGCACAGUGACGUCCAAAUCCUCCUGUUUCCCGUCGGCUCCGAUUCGGUGGUACCUAAGGUCCAAACUCCCUACGGCGGCAACCUUGAUGAGAGCCGAGUCUCCAAUCUGAAUAAAUCGUUCAUCCGGGCCCAAGUGGCGUACAUUGUACAUUGCAUCCACUUUGUUAGUAAUCAUCGCACUGGCUCCAGAAUCGGCCUGCCAUUGUUCACUACCAAUCGGAUUCGGCAUGGAGGGUUGGCACAAGCAAGCUUUUUCAACCGCGGGAGGGCGGGUGAGACGGGCCACGAUAACCUUUCCAGGCACACUUGGUGGAGCAGGGACAGAUGCAUCACACUCCGGAACGUCGACCACUUCAUCAGGACUCUCAAGUGCAGCGGGCACGCGGGGUACAUCAUGAGUAGACACACCAAACUUCAAGACACCGAACUCAUCAUCAGAACGUUCAUGCACAGCAGGCACGCGGGGAACACCAGGCAUUGACACAUGAGACUCCGCACUCGUGAACACGUCAGACUUCGAAAAACCAACAUCCUUCUCAAAAUCAAUCUCAGACUUUCCUCGAGGGCACACGCCACGUGCCACGAAGAGAUGCAGAGGGGAAUCGCCGGCUGGAGGUAGAGCGUCGCCUGGAGCUGGACAGAGAGAGGAGGAGGAAGAGGUCGCCUGGGGUGCACCGUAGUGCUGCUGCUGCUCAUGCUGCUGCGAGGUGUCGAAGGCCUCGUAGGCACGCGGUUGUUGGGCGUCCGAUCCAGCAGCAGAAAGAUAGUGUGCUACGUUGCUCACUUCUUGCUGCUGGUGGAGCCCUCCGCCGUCGGGCAAUUGGUGGAAACCGUAUCCCCCGCCGGCGGCGCUGCCGUAGGGACCUCCGCCAUGGUCCACUCCGUGAGCCGCGAGCCCGUACCCGCAGCCUGCCUCAGGAGGUGGUGGGGUCCAGCUGGGCGUAGAUCCGGGCGCUGACGUGGCCUCCCAUCCCGAGCUGAUGCCGCCGCCUGAUGGUUCUCCACCU